AUGGAGCCAGACCAGAUCAUCUUGAAUCAGCUUAUGAAAGCCAUACAGACCAUGGGAGAUCGGAUGACCCAGCUGGAAAAUUCUGGUCUUGCAUUACCUGAAGGAAGACAUAGAGUUGGCGAGACACCUAGAGCUGGAUAUGUGGAACCAAAGCCACCAGACCCUUCACUGAUCAUCAUCCCACAUCAAACUUCUAAAACUCAAAGCCAUAUUGUUCAUUCUUAUUCUGAUUAUGGAUCUGCUAAGAAAUCUAAACUUUAUACAUUUUCAGGAAGAAGAAACUACCUAGAGUGGGAGAGAAACUUGGAUGAGUGGUUCUACUACAACCACAUCCUGAAGAAAGAGAGGUUAGCUUAUGCUAUUGGCCAGCUCAAAGAUGUUGCUUUCAAAUGGUGGAUAAAAGAACAAGAUGAAAGAUGGUUGUACAAGGAGCCAACUAUCACCACUUGGAGAGAUCUUAAGGAAGCCAUGAGAGAUAAGUUUGCACCAGAGUUUACCAAUUCUCAAAUCAGGGAACAAUACCCUAGAAGGUAUCCAAACCGUGGCUCACAAGAGGCAACAAGAGUAGUACCACAAGAAGGUCAAAGAGACAUGCUUCCACAAGUAAUCUCUCAGCCAAAACAGAGACAUCAAUCUACUUAUUGUUCAAGCCAAAAGAAUGGCGUGCCAAUGACCAUGGAGAAGAAGAAAGUUCUCAGCCAAAGCACAUUGUGCAAAAUAGAUAGAAAACCAGAUCAAGCAAGUGUUCAAACAAAGGCUAAGAUGAGAGUUCAAGACACAAUGCAGCCUAAGAUGCUUAAAGAAGCAAAACCAGUGAUGAAAAUAUCCUACCAAG